GGAACCCCGGCGUCCGAGCUGCUCCUUCCCUGGCUCCCCUUUUCCCCCUGGGGCUUCUUGGGGCUCCCAAGGUUGGCUCCUUUCGCAACCCAGAAGUGGCAUUUAGAUGUGGGUAGUCAGACCCACCCAGCCAGCCCCAAACGAACAAGUUGGGGCUAGCAGCAUCCAGCCGUGCAGAAAGCCACGGCCGCCUGCCCGGUCUUGUUGCUGAUAUCCAGGCCCCUUCCUGUCCACAGUGGUGUUGCUGAAAGAGCAAGAGUGCCCAGCUCCCAGCGGUCAAUCUGCCGGGCGAUGCGGCCCCGUCGCACCCGUCAUGCUUUGGAUUCGCUGACGCCCAGUCUGCCCCAUCUAGCACAUGGAUACAGACAGCCGCCGAAAAGCCAAGAGGCCCAGACAGGGUGGCGUUCGAAUCAGGAGUCAGCCUCUCUUUCCUGAGUAGACCGCUUGGUGCCUGUCCAGCUAGGAUCGAGGGAACCCUUUCUUCCUGGUUUGGUGUUCUGUUCUCUUUUUUUGAACAACCCUCUGCACUGCACAAGCUGUUUUAUUUCCUGAUUUUUCUCUCUGUGCCAUUAGCAGGCAGUUGAUCCAAAAGUGCUUCUCCCCCCCCCACCCCCAAAGUUCCUCUGGAUCCCUCUCUGUUGCCUUCUCUUUCCGGUGCCAUGUCGGGGAAUACGGCACCCUUCCUGGUGUGGGCCCAGGAAGUGGCCACGCUGCUGGUCCUCCGGGUACGCCGGACAGUCUUGCAGACGGCCAUUUUGCUCUGCGUCCUGCUGCUGCUCCUGUGGAUCUCCGUCUUCCUUUACGGCAGCUUCUACUACUCCUAUAUGCCUACGGUCAGCUACGUCAGCCCCGUACACUACCGGUUCAGGACAGAUUGCAGCCAUCCUGGGCCAGAACUCUGUUCGUUUCCUGUUGCCAAUGUUUCGUUCAUUAAGGACACCCGUGAUCAAAAGGUCCUCAUGUACGGGCAACCUUAUCGCAUUUCUCUAGAACUGGAGCUACCCGAGUCGCCGGUCAACCAAAAUCUGGGGAUGUUUAUGGUGGUCAUUUCCUGUUACACGAAAGGCGGCCGCAUCAUCUCCUCCUCUGCCAGAGCUGCGAUGCUCCACUACCGUUCGAGCCUUCUCCAAAUCCUGGACACGCUAGCUUUUGCCACUCUCUUCUUGGCUGGUUUUACGGAGCAGAAGCAAGUGGUGGAGGUUGAACUUUUCUCGGACUACAAGGAAGAUUCGUACACACCGACAGUCGGGGCCGUCCUUGAAAUCCAGACCACCAAGAUCCAGAUCUAUGGGUCCCAGCUGCGAAUUCACGCUCAUUUCACUGGAUUGCGGUACCUGCUCUACAACUUCCCCGUCACAUCAGCCAUUUUGGGGGUGGCCAGCAACUUCACCUUCUUGAGCGUCAUCGUCCUCUUCAGCUACCUGCAGUGGAUCUGGGGCAGUGUGUGGCCCAGGGAGUCCCUUUCGGUGCAGAUUUCGGGCCGCGAGCGAACAGGAACGCUACCAGCAGCGGAAGAUGUGCGCCGUCGGGUUGUGGUCCCUAAAGAAGAUGUUGAUGGAGAAGAGUUGACGCCUUGCCUUCUUCAGACAGAAGAUGUGGGUUCUGCUGACGGUGAAGAGCAGUCCGUGACAAGUGAGCGCAUUAUUGAAUUUUUCCCUUUAAACUAUGCUUUUGUCUAA